UCAAAUCUCUGAAAUCAUGUCUCUUGGCUAAAACCCCAAAUAAAGAUAAUCAAUUUGGACGAAAGCAUCGCCCUACCCACACACCCAACUGGAAAAUUUCCCCGCAAUUCACAUCAAUCACCCUUUAUGUUUAUGGGAAGAUCAAUUCAAUCUGCACAAAACAUCCAGCAAUUUGUUCGAUUCAUCUCUUCCCCUCAAAUCGAGCCACGCCGCGCCGCCCAAUUGAAACCCAAAUCCACUGCUCGACCCGCCUCCUCCCCCGACCCGACCGAGCCCGUACCCGACCCGCACAAGCUAAGGGUGCGCACCCGCCUCAUGGAAGCGGCCGAGAACUCUGAGCGCCAGCGGAGGACGCCGCUGGCGGAUGUUGUGUCGGAUUGCGCAAGGCGGUGGUUUCAAGACGCGCUCAAGGAGGCCAAGACUGGCGAUACCGCCAUGCAGGUGCUUGUGGGCCAGAUGUAUACCAGCGGAUAUGGGGUUGCCAAAGAUGCCCAGAAGGGAAGAGCAUGGAUUAACAGGGCAGCAAGAAGUCGGUCUUCAGUAUGGAAAGUAGGCGAUAAACGUCCAGGUUAUAAUGCUAGUGAUUCAGAUUCAGACGAAGCAGAAGAAGUCUCAAAUAGUUAAAUGAGUGUACAUCAAUGAUAAUGUGAGUCCUCUUCUCGCCACAAGUCAUCGAGCUCUCUCUUCUUGUUCCCCCUGUUAUCAACAGUGUUUUACUGAAAUUGGUUUGUGUUUAGGUUUCUUGUUAAGAUAUGUAAUCUCUUCUCUCCUUUUCUUAUCUACUUAUCAUUUAUGAGCAUCUUUUCACUUUAAUGUUAUAACCAUACUUUUGUAAUGAAUGGAAUGAUAUUUGCUAUUAAUGGAAUUGAUGCAAUGCAACCAACAAA